GCUUCACUUCCGCUAUUAAAAAAAACAACGGUCUUCUUCAUUCCGACCACGAGCACUGGAGAUAGAAAGCACUUUUUCUUUUUGUGGCUGUUUUUGUUUUGUUUUUUCUCGUUUUGGGUGUUUCUGAUCCAACAUGGCGGCACGAGCGAGGACGUUCCUGUCGUUGUUUUCUAUGGCAACGAGAAAAAAAGUGGAAGGAGGCUAGCUCGUCCAGGUUGUCACAUGAUUAGCGACUAGAACCGAGCUGCCCGAUUCCAAUAUGGUGGUUGGCUUGGCAGAGCUACGUAUUUUGUUAAUGAUAUUGUCGGCUUGCUGGUUCGAAUCUGGCGUAUGUAGCCUAAACACCUCGCCGUCGGUCUACGGCCUGCGACUGGAGAAUGCAACCGAGCAAGUGUACAUGCCCGUCCGUGUCCUGACUGCUGCGCGUGGCUCCAGUUUUGUGCUUCGGUUGUUCGGUUCCUACCUGCUGAAUGAGACCGUGGGUCCGUGGGUCGCAUUCGCUAAAAAAGUGGAUACAACUCCCGCUGAAGACGCGUGUAGCGUUGAAACACUGCGCAAUUCCUCUGCUUUCCAAGUGCAAGAGGUUAGCUGGGUUCACGAAAACGAGGCCUUAAUAAAAGUACACACCGAUGACACAGACAUCUCUGAUGAGGUAAAAGAUGAAACGCAUCUGGUUUUACACUGCUUGUGCGUAUUCAGUGGGCAAAAGUGGCAGUCUGCGGGGCAGGAUGAAUUCCGUGUAAAAGACCCGGAUCUGCCAUCCGAAAGGAUCCCAACAUGGGGUCUAGCCAUAAUUAUUAUCUUAGGAGUGUUUAUAUGCUCACUGAUACGAUGCCUGAAUCUUAGUUUGCUUUGGCUCGACCCUCUGGAGCUUUAUGUGCUGCACAGCUGUGGCUCAGAAGAUGAGAGGCGGCUAGCGAAGCGCCUGGAGCCCAUUCGGAGGAGAGGAAACUUUCUUUUAUGUUCCCUGCUGUUUUUGUGUGCUUUGGGUCACUCGGUGCUUGGUGUGAUUUUCUACCGUGCCUUUGGAUCCAUCCUUCCAGCUGUAUUUGCAUGUGCUGCACUCAUAUUCCUGGUCGCAGAAUUGUUGCCCCAUAUCAUAAGCUCGGGUUACGGCUUCUAUCUCGCCCCGAGUCUUGUAUGGCUGGCCCAGAGCUGUCUGAUCAUCACAUGCCCGCUGUCAUGCCCCUUAGGGCUCUUCCUGGAUUUUGCACUUAAGCGUGAUGUAAGCACUUGUGGAGUGCGUGAGAAGGUGAUGGAGCUGAUCCGGACAAAUGUGAAUGACCCAUACAGCGAGUUUGUCAAGGAGGAGUUCCGACGUGGAACACUAAGGAGCAAGACAGUGGAGGACAUCCUGACGCCACUGAAAGACUGCUUUAUGCUCCCUUCCACAGCUGUUCUGGACUUUAGCACCAUGUCUGAGAUUAUGCAGAGCGGAUACACUCGCGUGCCUGUGUAUGAGGAGGAGCGCUCCAACAUCGUGGAGAUCCUGUAUGUCAAGGACCUGGCCUUGGUGGACCCUGCUGACUGCACGCCCAUGACCACCAUCACCAAGUUCUACAACCACCCACUUCAUUUUGUCUUCAAUGACACUAAGCUGGAUGCCAUGCUCGAGGAGUUUAAGAAAGGAAACUCUCAUCUGGCCAUAGUGCAGAGGGUGAAUAAUGAGGGAGAGGGAGACCCCUUCUAUGAGGUGCUGGGUCUAGUUACCCUAGAAGAUGUGAUUGAAGAGAUCAUCAAGUCAGAGAUCCUUGAUGAAUCUGAUGGUUAUAUGAACAUGAAAGUUAAGCGACCUCUUCCUCAGUUGGAGAUUCCUCUGGAGCCCCGGGCGAUACAGGAGGAGUUCUCUCUCUUUAAGCUCCCUGAAGGCGAGGCAAAGAUCCGCACAUCUCCUCAGCUUCUACUUGCUACACACCGUUUUCUCUCCAGAGAAGUGGAGCAUUUCUGCCCACAGCGUGUGUCAGAAAAAGUCUUAUUUCAUCUCUUACGGCAUCCCAGUGUCAAUCAAGAAGUGAAGUUUGACCCAAACAACAAAAUGAGUCCUGACCACUACCUCUACACACGUAAUCAUCCGGUGGACUACUUUAUUCUGUUGCUGCAGGGGCGUGUGGAAGUUGAGAUUGGAAAAGAGGGUCUAAAGUUUGAGAACGGAGCCUUCACCUACUAUGGCGUGUCAGCACUGACCUCACCUUCCUCUGUACAUCAGUCUCCAGUGUCCACACAGCACCGCUCCCCGAGAGACACAUUUGAGCUGGGAGAAGCCACAAGCUCAUCCAGUUACUGUCCUGACUACACAGUCCGAGCCCUCACUGACCUGCAGCUCAUCAGGGUAACCCGCUUACAGUACCUCAAUGCCUUGAUGGCAUCUCGGGUAUCACAGAGCCCUGAACAACCCGAGAUUAAGAUCCUUCCUAACAGCCAGACCAAACUCCUAAAUGAGAAGAACGUCACCCAAGGUACAGACCUGUGACUGAAGGCACGGACACAAUCAACAUUACAUUUGAUUUUUCUCUUUACUUUUCAUUCUUUGAUGCAAUUGACAACUACACUUAAGUGUAUGGAGAUAAAGGCAAGUUUAUCGCUUAGCAUGAGUUUGUACACGUGAAGAAUCAUUUACAUUCACUACUGCACAUUGCACAUCAUUCUGCUUGGAGUAUGUCAUUUUUUUUGAUUGUCACAUAGAUUACCAUCAAAUCUCUCCUCACCAUUCAGCCAGGAAAACCUUUCCUCCUGGUUUUGUUUUGCGGCUAAUGUGUUUGCAUGUAGUAAAAGAAAUUAAUUGCGUUGUCUUUGUGAAUUGUCGGAAAAGUCAUAACCCCUGUGCCUCUCCAGCCGGGACCUAUAUGUAAGUAUAUUCUUGUUUCCCCUGUUUUAGAUGCCCCUUUAUCCCUACAACUCCAAAAUUAUCGACACCCUUCAAGAGCAAAAAUGGGUGACAAUAUUUGUGCCAGUAAUUUUUAAAUCCGGUGUUUUGCAGAAAGCUUUCACUGCUUAAUAAAAAGAUUGUUUCUAUAUCAAAUAUUCCAUGUUGCAUUUCCCCCCCUUAUUUCUUUGAAGUGUUUUAAUAAUUCUGGAGUUAUCCACCAUUCUGUGUGUUUCGAUAUUUUGUAUGUGUUUUCCACUUUGCUGCUCUUAUGUUCUUGUGUGCAAUGGAUAUCUGAAGCUAUCAUGGAUACAUACACACUCAGACUGGUCAGUUAAAGAUUAGCGUGGUCUGCAGACCCUCUGCUCACAGGAUGUUUGCAUCAUUCUGUGAAAACUUUAUGAAAAUCUCAGAUCAUCAACAGUUUCUAAAAUUCGCGUAUGAACAACCAUGCGACAGUAAAAAUCACCAUGAUCACACUUUUCUUGGCCUAUAUCUGCAUGAUUUUAUACAUUGUGCUGCUGCCACAUGAUUGUGCUAUUAGAUAGCAGCAUAGGUGAACAGUUAAUGUAGGUGCUCAGCCCCUACAGUUUCCGAUAUAUUUUACAAUUAAUGUAUAUUCCAUCAGUUGCAAUUCCAUGUCCGUUGUUAAGUGGAAGGUGUUCAUUGCUCUCAAGUGAUUCAUUACGAAACUUAUUUGGAAAUUCUUUUUUUUCUUGCAUGACAGAGGAUGUGAGCAUGUGAGGGCUUGCGGUGGAAUCUUAUGGAUCUCUCACUUUCUGGGGUUUGCAGGUACAAGCAAGACCCUGGAAUGCAGGACUGAUAGCGUAGCUCCAGGCCAGACAAAUGCUGUUUGAGCUAACCGGUUGAGCUUGGACAAGGAUUUGUUUUUACCACUGAUUUGAUUUUUGCAGUGCUUUUUACUUUUUAUGUAUGCCGUUCCCAGGUUUCUUUCAUCAGUGGUGCUUAUGCUGAUUUUGUUUGCCGUGGGUGUGUUGGAUUGUGGCAUUGUCAUGUGUUAAAGCCUUUGCUGAAUUUUUUUAUGUGCUAAAAGACAACUGAAUGCCAGCAUGGGCAGCAGGAACUGCUCUUUUUUGCUGUUUUGCCCCCCUUUUUUAAUCAUUGAUAAAUCUGUCUUUAAAUCUUUAUCUGUCAUAAUUUGCAUCACAAUCUUGCAAAGUGUUCCACUUCUGUACUUUUAGUAUAUACAAAUAUUUUAGUGUUUAAUUGUGAUUGGUUACAAAGGAAUGCUGUUAUAGCCCAAAACUUCAUAACUCUGAAGUCACGUUAUUUUUUUCAACACUAUGCCCAUGUAAUCUGGGAAUCAUGUUUUCUGUCUUUACAUUUAUUGUAACACAUCUAUCCCAUAAAAUUCAGUGUGUUGUAUAAAAACAUUAUCAAACUAAUAGUUUCUUUUCAUGUAGACUUCACUGGUGUUUUCUUGGACUGUUUGUUCAUUACCAGAUAAUCUCAGUCUCAGAAUUCAAACUAUCCUUCAAUGAGAGUGAUGUGUGUUUCUCUGUCAUAAACUUGGUUUAUUGUUGAAGAAAGUGUUGGUGACAAAAUGAUGGGUGGCAAGCGAUGAUGUUUAUGUUGUAGGGGGGAUUUUGCUAGCAUGUUUUGUUUCUGCUUGUCCCCUUAAAGGAUCAUGGCAAUUCAAUCAGAAAAUUCUUCUGACUGAUCAGUUUUGUCCUCUGAAUAUUUUACCCUGCUGGGCUGGGCCUCUUUCAGGAUGGACUCCAUCUAGUGCUUGAAAGACCGUGCUUGUGCUUCCAGAGACUUGUACAAUGAAUGCCAUUUAACUUUCCUUUCGGUGGUCUAACAUCUUACUUUUUUUUUUCUUUCCCAGAAUUUGUACCUACUUCUGCCUUACUAUUUCUGUGACUAUUAAUUUAGUUGAAACUUUUUCACAUUCCAUGCAGCACAAAAGCUAUUCUGUAUAAUUUACAGAAUUAAAAUUGUCUCAUGUCACCACUCAAGGACAUUGUAAAAGGAAAUGGACUUCAGUUCUUUUUUCCCAUUGCCUGAAAGUAUUCACGUUAUGUGCCAUUGUAGUGCUCAGUUACUGUUUAUCUGGGACUUUAGUUCCAGAUGCCAUGUUGAUGCUGGAAAGUAAAGAGGUUUACUUUUUUUUUUUUUUUUUUUUUUUUUACUAUUAUAUAUUUAUAUAUAUAUAUAUAAUUAUUAUUAUUAUUAUUAUUAUUAUUAUUAUUAUAUAUUACAUUCUGACUAAUUUUGCGUGUAUGUGCAUGGGAGGAAAAUGAGGCAACUAAAGACUGCUUGUUAUUUUAAGAUUGGGGAACUAGGUUUUGUUUCCCUGACCUUUUUUUUUUUUUUUUUUUAAAUCGUUACAUAACCAAGUUUUCUAUAUGUAUGUAGUUGCCUGUUAUCUCAUCUCAUUUCAAAUCCAGAAAAAUGCACCUGAUGUAUCGCAUUAAUUGGAAUUAAUGUCAAUGGCUAAGAGUAAUGCAUAAUUACUCAGAGGUAAAUAUUUUUCAACUGGUAAAAUACCUUGUUCUAUAGAUUAAAAACAACAUAUAUUCCUUUACACAAAUUAAUGCAUAAUGUAAACUAAAUUGAACUUUUAGUAUAUUUAUAAGAAGUUUUUGUAGAGUAGAGGCUACAGUAUGUAAUCGAACCUAUAGAUUGGCAAUAAUUGCUGGCAAACAAUUUUUUUUUUUAAUUGUUUUUGAUCAGUUAUAAAAUAGUAGUUGAAUUGUAGUUAGACCUUUUGGGGAUUUUUGGCAGGGCCGAAUAAAAACAUCAAUAUGGAAA